UCACGAUCGCCCGUUCAGAUUAACCAGCACAAGGAUCGUUACGUCGGUUACAUCGGUAACAAGUAGAGAGAGACCCUGAAGAGGGGGUUCGAAGUGCAUAUACUGACAGUCGGUUGGUAGGGAGAUUUUUGUUUCAAUAGUGGUGGGACGAAAGUUAGGUGUUACUGAGCACCAGAAGACGAACUGGCGACCGGACGGAGAGAGGCGGAAGGGCGGGGAUCUGCGAAGAAAGGCAAGAGCUAUAAAAGAGGCACCGGUUCCGACGAUGGGCAUCAAACACCUCAACAUGAAGGUGUUCGCGAUUACGAUUCUUUUGGCGCUCGUAGCCACUGCCUAUGCCGGUUACAUAAGCAGCGGUUGGUCUGGUGGAGGUGGUGGCUGGAAUGGAGGUGGCUGGUCCGGUGGCGGUGGUGGUGGUGGCUGGAAGUAUGGAGGUGGUGGAGGUGGAGGCGGAGGUGGCGGAAAAAUCAUCAAAGUGAUCACUGUUAGCGGUGGAGGCGGUGGAUGGCCUAGUGGGGGUGGUGGUGGAUGGGCUGGAGGUGGUGGCGGAUGGCCGAGUAGUGGCGGUGGUGGAUGGAAAGGAGGAUGGAGCGGUGGUGGUGGUGGAUGGAGCGGUGGUGGUGGGGGAGGCGGCUGGUGGUAAAGGACAACUGGGAACCAAGCGAAUAAUUAGAAGGAAAUUUUGCUCACCGAUCACCACCAGUGCACAUCUUGGCUGUAAUCACCGAUUCUCGGUUCACGAAGAGACAGACCUGACCCCUCUCCUUACUGAUUCUUUUUCUUCUUCUUUUUUUUUUAUUCUUGUACGCGAGGAAAAGCAUCCAUGGAGAAAGAAGGUGGAGAUAACGUGAUCGCGACCGAGGAACCAUGUUUCCAUUUCGCAAGUUCCGAGAUACAAGCGCGCAAAAAAGAAAAAAGAGGACAAUAGUGAAUCCAUGGACAGCAAAGAACAAGAUCACACUUCCGAGGUUUCUUUUCUUCCUGGCAAUGUGUACGUGUUGAAAGUGAGUUUUGGAUGUACGUAGAGAUUACCAAUCCACUUCGAGGCAAAUUUUGGAUCUGUUGUCGAAUCACACUAUCAGGAUAUAAAAAUUUUCUAGAUUAUUGUAUCCGUGUAAAAGUGUUUUCUUUCGAUUAGAAAUUGAAUCUGAUGAUAUUUGAUCUGUUGAGUUCGUAGAACAUCUUGUGUGAGGGUAUGGGUAUGGGCUACUCUUCGAUCAAAAUAUUUAGCAAAUAAUAUUGUAGAUAUUGUACAUUUAAUCCCAUAUCGUUAUAGUAUGUACAUGUAUGUAAGAUCCAGUUUUCAAGUAAAAUGAAAUAAAAAUAUGAAAAUUGAUGUGGGAGAAAAAAUAAUUUACACUGUAUAGGAUUAUUUUUGUACCUUUAUAAUUGAUUUACACAUUUUUAAUCAGCAAGAAUUAAAAAUUUAUUGACACACAAAA